AUGCAUCGUUUCCUUAAAAAGACUGAAUUGAGAAAACAGUCGGAAGACGAGAAUUCCCUUUCGAAACAGACCACUAAUGAUAUAAUCCCCUCACUUCCAACCCUCUCCCGAUCUUCCCUCAUCAUGCCAACACUAACUAAGCGUUUUAGUGUGUUACGAAGAGGUGAUGUCACCCUUGACACUACCGAGAAGGAAAAUGACUCAACUGAAGUACAAGUAUCUGAUAAUUCAAAAAUUUAUAACAUACAUAGUUCUCAACUACAAACAAAAUCAGCGCGCUCACCGUUAAAUAAUCUCGUAGAGUUACGUGAAGAUGAAUCAAUUCACGAUUUUUCAAUUUAUUCUACUUCUCCAAAUUCUGUACAAACACCAUUACCAACUUCCCCUAUAAUUACAAAUGACGCGAAUCAAGAAAUGUCUAAUGCUAGAAAAUUUUAUGGUACAAAUGUCACUGGUGGAUUCCCUAUUCAACAAGGGUCUAUUCAUAAUCCUUCUAAUAUUAAAAAUACUACAGAUAAUUUAUCUUAUCCAAAUGUAAAUAAUAAUAUCCAUAUUGAUGAUUCUCAAGAUAUAAUGGUUGAGCCAUUAAAUGCUAUUUCUACGUCGAAUGAUCAAAAAAUUAUGAAAGAUUUUAAUGAACAAAAUGUAAACAAUGUUAAAGAUACAAAGAGGCGAUCGGGUAUUUUAGAGAAUCCGACAAAAGAUCGUCCCCGUCCCCCAAGAACACGUCCACCCUCAUUAUCUCCAAUAAAAUUAUCUAAUAAAAAUCUUACCAAUACUCUUCCCACAAAUUCCUCCGACAACUCCCAUUCUGAUUUGAUUUCUAGAGAUUCUUUUCAAAGUCUUGCUCCCGUGAUAUCUACCUUUUCUCCAAAACAACGUUCUCCUACUUUUAACUCUUUUAAUCUAUCUGAUGAUGAUAAUGAUAUUCAUUCUCUUUCUCGUUCUCCACUAGAUAGAUUAUCUGAUGGCCUUUUACGUCUUUCUCAAUCUUCUUCUGGAAAAUCUUUAGCUACUCCUUUCAGCAGUCCUGAAAAUGAAAUUUCUCCACUUCAAGGUUCAUUAUUAUUAUCAAGAGAAUCUUCAACAACUGAUGCUUCAAAUAAUUAUCAUUAUUCCGAUUCAAACACUAUAUACGUUCCUUCUACCACUUCUACCACUUCUACCACUUCAAUUUAUCAUUCUGAUUAUAACGAUUAUGGAAAUGAUGAAGAAUUACAAGGAGAUCCUUUAAAUAAUAAACUUACUCAUAUGAUUUCUAAGCAGUUAACUCAUCCUAAUUCUUUAUCAUCGAUUAAUUCUUUUUCUGAUCGUGAUUCAAAUAAAUUAGUACAAUCAUCUCAACAUACUAAUAGUGUUACUAGUACCUAUUCAAAUCAUCAUAUUACUUCUGAUCAAUAUAAAUUAGGCGAUGAUAAAUCUGAUCAACUUCCUAAUGAUGUUAACGUACGGAUUGGUUAUGCAAAACAACAAGCUGCUCCACUUUAUACAGAUGGUAAUUAUGCAAAACCAAUUAUGAUACAACUUGGAGGAAAAGUUUCAAAUGCUUCUCAAACAACUGAUGUCUCACCUCAAUUACCUGUAAAACGUACAUUACGAUCAGCUGCUCCUCCAAAACCACAACCUCCUCCAUUAUCACUUACUGAUACUUUAAUUGCAUCAGGACAAAGUGAUAUUGCUCAUCAAGUUAUGAUAAUGAGAAGAGUACAAAAUGCUAAUGAAAAUUUAAACUCACAUAACUUACCACGUAAGUGGACAAAAUCAAAGAAUAAUACUAUAAAAUCAAUAUCAGGUCCACAAUUGGUAUCAACUUCUUCAAAUGUAAAAGCUGUCCCUAUUGUAACCCUUGGGAAUGAUGAUGAAGGAAAAAAUGCAAAGUUUCGAAGAAAAUUUUCUUUACGUGAGACUGAUACCGGCCUUGGAAAGUCAUUAAAAAAGAUAAAAGAUGUAUUUAUAAGUGAUAAUGAAACAAAUAAAUCUGGUUUAUUUGGUGGUAAAAAACAAAAACAUGGUACAUCAACAUCACAAAACUUUCCUACAGAUAAUUUACCAAGAAAGUUUAUUAGUGAAGAAAAUUUAAAUCAAAGAUUUAAUAAUGCUGAAAAGAAAGGUUUUGAUCUUGGAAAAAGGCGGGCAUAUAGUACUAGAGAGAAUAGGCCAAAUGAAGCUUUAAGACAAGAAAUUCGUAAUAAUUUCGCACAUGUUAUGAAUGAAAGAGAACAAAUUAUAUCAGAAUAUGAUAUGAAUCAUAGUAGUAUUAAUAAUUCCGUACAAAAUUUCACGACUUCUUCAGAUGAAAAUAUUACAUUGGAAAAUUCAUAUAAUAGGUAUCCUGGAAGUGAUUCUGAUAUUAUCGAAGAACCUAUAAUUCCUAGAAGUAAUGAACCAAAAAAACCUCCAUUAUAUGAUAUUGAUGCAUUGAAACGUCAUGCCGAAAUGAUAUCUCAAUAUUCAAGUAAUAAAAGGGAACAAUCUACCUCAUCAAAUCAUAGUUCACAAUUAGUUCGUACAGAAUCUAUAUCAUCAUCAUUAGAUAAGAAAUCAUCUAAAGACAAUAUAAUAGGAAGCGCACAAGAUACGAUUACAACUAAUGAUGAACAAGAAUGCAACCAUCCACCACCUUCACCUUAUAGUCCUGUUAGCUUGAUAUCACCAUUUAGUGAUGCACCAUCUGGAAGGGGCUCUCCACCACCGAUAUCUCCAAGAAAUCCACUAAGAAAUUCGAGUUAUGAAAAGAGACUUCAGAAAAAAAUGUUAGUUAAACGAAAUGAUAGUACUGGAAGUAAUCGUAGUUCUGUUCCUAUGACAUAUCCAUCACCUACUAAUGAAAAUGAGGAUGAUUCAAAAAACUCAAAGAGCAAAGUUAUAAGAAGAACUAUAAUAAUAACUAAACCAUUUUUACCACCAUUGCCAGAAGAUUUAUCACCUGGAACUAAUUCAUCUACACCACCAUCACCCGGAAGUGUUAAAUUUGUCUCAUUAGUAAAUCGUAGGUUAACCAAAAAGAAGAUUAUACAUCUUGCUUCUGAUGGACGAAAAUGGUUCUUGUCUAAACGAGGUAAAGAUAAUAAUUUAGAUGAUGAGAAUAAUAAAGAAAAGGCUGAAAGAUUGUCACAACAAAGUUCAAUAAAUACAGAUGAUACGAGUGACACAAACAAUUUAGCCAUACCAAUUCCUGAACGAAGUUCAUUAUACCGAUCACCAACGCCGAUUCCAUCACCUAAUACGCGAGAUAGUGUAAUUAAUGCACCAUAUGGAAUUCCUAUACCACCAAUUCCAGCUCCUCAUCGACAAAGUAUUUCUUCAAAGAGAACAAGUAAAAGUAGUACUUAUUCUUCAAAUAGUAAAUAUCGAAAAAGUAUUGGUGCAAAAAGUAAUUAUAGUGGUUAUGGGGAAAGUUUAUAUGAUUGUUAUGAUUAUUCGGACCAUGAAUCUGCCGAUGAUGAAGGAGAAGAAGAAAACGGAUCAAAAAGAUACAAACGAGAUACGGAUACCGUAGAUCCUAUACAAUGGAAUACUAUUAAAGAUCGAGAAUUUGGAGAUGAAGAUAUCAUUCCAAACAAUAUGAAUGGUGAGAAUGUAAAAGAUACAGUAGUUUCAAUUGAUGGAAAUGGUGAAUUAUUAGAUCAACAUGUUGAAGUUCUAGAAAUGAGUGAUGGAUCAUUUUUAUGGCAAGUGGCUAUUCCACUGGAACCUGAAAAAAAUAAUGAUAAUGUUGAUUUGAAUGACAAUUCAUUGGUCAAAUCAGGUUCUAGGUAUAGUCAUUUAGAUGAUUAUUAUGAUACCAGUUUUCCAAGUCCAUUGCAUGUGCCUGGUGUGAUGCCACGGGGAAAGUUACUCGAAAAUUUUAUGCCUAGCACAAGUAUAUAUUUUGCCAAUGAUAUACCUUUACCCAAAUUGCUUGGAGAGAUGACAAAAGGAUUGGGAGGUGUUAGUUUAGAUAAUGGGAAUAAUAAUAAUUACGAUUAUGUUGGAGGGGUUGAGAGUGGUGGAACUGGUAUUGUUACGGGUAUGACUGUAGAAGAGCAUUUGGAUCAAGUGAUGAAGGCACUUGGGGUUGACGAAAAAGAAAUUUUGUAUUAA